AUGGCACCGCGACUUUUCGAACGACUUUCGGCAGCGUUUUGGGGUUACAUCUCACCACAACAAGUGGCUGCGCGCAGAAGACAUACCACAACACGCGACGCUCGACCUUCUUCAGUCCCUUCACCGACCAAGUUCGUCACUCCUCAACGCCCUGGCAAUAGUUACGCGCCACUCACUCCCGCCGACACAAAUACUGGAUCAAAGAGGAAGAGGGCCGCCGAGGUCGAGGACUACAACAAGAAGACAAAGUACGACGUGAAAGAUGCGGAAGACGAAGCCGAAGAGGUCUGUCUUGAAGACAUGAAGCUGGAGUACAUGGCUAGAGUUGCGAAUGCCAAUCAAUAUGAACUCGACGGCCCAUUCUCCGAGGGAGACGACUAUGACAGUAGAUACGAGGAUGAGGAGGAAGGUGCCGACUACGACUACAACGUCUACAAUCCUACCAUCGAUUCAGGGAGAUCUACCAGACAGUCUUUUGAUUACGAGGACGAGGCAGAUGGCAGUAUCAUCUACGACUACAACACGUACAACCCCACCAUCCGCACCGACAGACCUCGAGCACCAUCAAAGCCACUCCUCGAAAGUCCUAUUCCUAGUGGCAUCCCAAAGAUCACCAUCGACAGCGCCGAAGACUCGGAAGACGAAGACAUGAUCACCGUUCUCCCCCGUCAAGACACUCCUCGAUACGGCCCAAACGACGAAGACCUCAUCGUCUUUGCCAACGACACGGACGCCAGUGACAACAAUGCCCUCGACACGGACAACGACCAUCUCGACGCCUCCUCUCUCAUCCCCUCGCACUCCGACCACUCACUCUAUAAUUCCUUUUUCGAAGAAGCCCAAGAAGAAGGCGACACCAUCCUCCUCGACUCCCGCGCCCGCGUCGGCAGCCUCGAAGACGAGCGUGUGUCCAAGGACCAACUACUCCAGCGCGGCUGGCCAGAACCCACAGUACCUCUAGUCCAACACAUCCACAACCGUGGAAGAGAACCUCUAUUCACACACACCUGGCGCAUGGAUUUCCCAAUGAUGCCAGAAGGCAUGUUUUUACCUCCUCAUCAUGCCCAUCCAGGUUUCAUCAAUUCUCUGCAGCAAAAAGUCGCAACUCAUGAGUUUAGAGCCAAAAAAGCUUUCAACGAGCUCAUGCAAUUAGGUCCCAAAGUCAGGGAUUUGCUGCUUGUGGGAAAACUGCCAGAGAGCCUUAUCGUCAAGGAAAUUGUCAAGUACAUCCAAUGGAGCGAAUGGGACGCAAACAACCAACACGAAAAAUGGAAUUUUAUAGAACUCCACGCCGGCACAAAAGAUACAGAUGUAGCUGACCUCCAAGACUCCCUCCUAUCCCGUCUUUCCACCCUCCACACCGCCUGGGCAACCUCCCCCUCAGCACCCCGUCGCCCCUCUGCUUCUACCCAUGACCAACAACAACAACAGUCCCCACCACCUCUAUACGGCAUCUUGGUCUCGCAUACUCUGGUGGGUAUAGUGGCUUACAUGCCUCCUGGCGAGGAAAGCGAUUCCAUUGGCUAUUUACGCACGGUGGGUGUCUUUGACUUUAAUGUCUUGGGCUAUGAUGUGUGGACUUGUUUGGCGUUGGCGCUUUUGGUGUUGCAUGUUAGGGAUUUGGGGGUUAGGAGGGGUUGUUCGAGACGGGCCGAGGGGGUCAGGGAUCGUUGGAGGCAGAGGAAGGGGAGUGGGGAUCCUGAUAGGUGA